UUUCAGAAAGAUGUCUUCUGUUGGUAGCUUAGGAUCUGCUGGAUCUUUGGGUGAUGAAACACCAGAGAUUAGUUCUCGGAUUGAGGAGGAUAAAAGUGGAUCAACUGCAACUACAGAUAUAUUGUCAAACAAUUCCCUAGCUUCACUGGAAGAUAUUCAGGAAUCUAUCCUGGGACUGAAGAGAACUAUUCUAGAAACGGAGGUCAACAGUGAUCAAAGGAAAUCAAUUGUCCAUAAAUUGAUCAAGUUGAGGAUAAAAGAACAAGAUCUAGAAAAUAGAAAGUUUUAUCAGAGUCCGGGAGAAGUUGAAACGUUACGUCAUUGUCUUGUUCCAGUCUUACAGAAGCUUCCGGCAAGAUCGUAUUGUGAUGAAUGUGGAAGUGCUGUGUGGCCUGUUCUACAGACUAUUUACGAAUAUUUAGAUCGUAUUGUGAUGAAUGUGGAAGUGCUGUGUGGCCUGUUCUACAGACUAUUUACGAAUGUAAAACAUGUUCUCAUAUUGUUCAUGCACAGUGCUUAGCAAGGUUGUCGCGUAAGUGUGUGGGGGCGUGGUUGCAUCCUCUAGAGGAGGAGGAGGAGAACUUGUUCUACAACGGAUCCAUCCUUCAUAAUAUCUGUCCAGAGAUCAGUUUGGUUGAACAGAAGUAUGAAUGUGCUGAAUGCUUUAUUAAACUCCAUCCAGAAAGUGGACACAGAUUAUGUGAUUAUACUGGAUUAUGGUUCUGUACAUCCUGUCAUUGGGGAUACAGUUCCCCCAUCCCUGCUAGGAUUAUUCAUAACUGGGACUUCACACCUAUGCCGGUUAGCCAGGCUGCUUACCAUUUAUCUAUAUUAGUUUGUAGUCCUGGUUUAAGUAUUGUAGCAGCAGAGCUGUCAGCUGUUGUACGACAGCGCAGAUCAGUUCUAGAGAUGAAGAAGUAUUUGAUGCUGUGUAGGGUAGCUUCAGCCAACAGAUUACUCAGGAAGUUGGAAGAACGUCAACACUUCGUGGAUGAUGAUUCACUUUAUAGUCUUCAGGACCUUCUAGACGUUGAGUUAGGAUCUCUUGGAGCAUGGUUAGGGCAGAUCCUGGAGCAAUGGCAGGAUCAUAUACUAUCCUGUAUACUCUGCAGAGCUAAGGGGUUUGUGUGUGAGGUAUGUCCCGAGAAAUCUGAAGUUCUAUUUCCCUUUACCAUUGGAACAGAAACAUGUCAGGCUUGUGGAGCAGUUUUUCAUAGAGAGUGCUUUCGUCAUUUAUUAAACUGUCCCAGAUGUGAAAGGAAAAGAGAGAGAACCAUGAAAGUUGAAGAAACUGAUAAAGAGGAAAUAUAUUCAUGAUUUAAAUAUCAAAAAUUAGAUAUUAUAUAUAUUUUUAUAUGAACAAUUCCAUUGUUAACGACGCGAUGCAUGUAAUCUGAUUAUUCAAUCUUUUUAAAAACGCUGUGCAACACCUUUUUUCUUACAUUCAAAGUAGGGGAGGUUGUUGAUAUAAUUCAAUUAAUGUUUAGCAAUGAUAGUUGUUCAAAUUUUAGAUUUUGAUCAGAUCUUAUUGAAUUUGUAAAUAAUACUUCCAGACUGAAUUCUUAAAUUUUAUGCAACACAACUAAUCUAGUGCCUCUAAAUCAAUUGUCAUUAUUACAACAAUUUUUAUCUGAAUGUUUUUUCAAAUUUUUUUCCACUUGAUAGUUUUACUUAUCACCAGGAUGUUGUAAACUAAAACUGUUUCAUCUACCAGAAUUUAGUUUGAAAUAUCAAAGUUCUACGACAUCCGGUUGCAAAGACAACGGGAUUGGAAGAAUCAAAGUUUGUGGC